GUGUGUGUGGAUGUUAUUUUCUUUCUUCUCCACUAUACCUGUGUCCUCGGUCUCUCUCUCACUCGCUCCCCCUACCCCUCCCCUUGUCUCAGUCACCCAGACACAGACACACGCAUGCUCACGCAGAAUCUCGCACAGUGGGCAGGCACGCACACACACACCCUUUCUUGAGGUUCUGGGAGCAGUGGCAGCUGCGGUGGUUACCGUUGAAAGACAUUGGCCGUUGACUGGAGUUAGCUGUAGCCCUGUCGGUUGAAUGAAUGGAUGCUCCAACGAGCCUUUUAGGAUUGGAUUCUCGUAUUGGAUUUUCACGAGAGAGGAGGAGGAUAUCUAUUCUGGGAUUUGUUUUAUUUCUAUGCGCUCCAUCUUUUUUUUCUCCCCACCCUUUCUCGGUGUGGUGUCGUCGAGGACGAGCGGGUCUUGCGCGGUGGAUUUGGCCUCCGCUACACUCUGCAAUCUAUACCGUUUUUCUGUGGAGGUCGGGGUAAAGGGCGCUAUUCUUUCUCCUUUUUUCAUCAAAGGGGGGGCUCUUUUGUUUUCCGGGGCUCGGCCGAGCGAGCCCUAUAGUUCCCAUGGUGAAUUGAGCUAUUGUGGAGAAGAGCCUCGACAGCUAAACUGCCAAUUCUCUACCCCUCUCUUCCCCCUCCUCCACAAAAAAACUCCAUUCACCUGAAUCAACCCCCCUCCAACCUUCCUUUCCCACACCUCCAUCUCUCCUCGCCAUCCCCUCUCCUUGCCUCCCAUGCCCCAUUUCCUUCAUCCUUACCCCUGCCACCCCUCCCCUCCCGCAGCAUAGCGGCUACGUAAUGUGCCUCCCGACGCAUGCGAACAGGGAUGCUACAAAUGGUGGUUUGGACUGAUCGCUGACAUAAAAAAAGGGUGAUGCCUCGCGCAACCAGCACCGCCUCCGCCGCAAUGGAUCAGCCUGGGAAAACGCAGCAGAUGCCAAUCCACCGCAGUCUGGAUUGAGGGGCGGCUGUAGUAGUUUGCCUGUGAAUGAGAAAACGUGCGUGUGUGUGUAUGCAAGCGUGCACGCUGGUCCUCCGUCAUGUCUCUCGCCUGAUCCCUUGCACCGGGCAUCCCUGAUGAUUUUUUUAUUUAUUUUUAAUUUAAGGUUUAUUUAACUCGGCAAGUCCGUUAAGAACAAAUUCUUAUUUACAAUGACGGCCUACCCCGGCCUAAUCCGGGCGACGCUGGGCCAAUUGUGCGUCGCCCUAUGGGACUCCCAAUCACGGCCGGAUGUGAUGCAGCCUGGUGUGGGGGAGGCACUAAGCCUCUGGUCGGCCUCCCCCCGAACACAGUAGUAGCCCCGUGGCAAGCCGCUUGCCCCAGGGGUCGCUAUGAAAAAGACCCGCAGCACUAAUUUGCGGCGGGCCUGGCCCAGUUCGGACCUGUCGGAGCGGCUGCCGGAGCGCACCCGCUCCCGGAGCGAGAAGGACUUCCGUCUCCAGCAGAAACACCACCACACCCCCCCUCCUCCACCCCACAUCUCACCAGGUCCCCCACGGGGCUACCAAAUGCCAGGUGAUGUGUCUCCAAUCAGCAUGUCUCCUAUCAGCCAGUCCCAGUUCAUCCCACUGGGGGAGAUCCUGUGUCUGGCUAUCUCAGCCAUGAACUCUGCUCGCAAGCCCGUCAACCAGGAGGCCCUGAUGGAACACCUCGCCACAUGCUUCCCAGGUGUUCCAACACCGAGCUCGGAGAUUCUGCGACACACCCUAAACAUGCUGGUGCGAGAGAGGAAAAUCUACCCAACACCUGAGGGCUACUUCAUUGUUACUCCCCAGACCUACUUUAUCACCCCCAACCUCAUCCGAUCCAACAGCAAGUGGUACCACCUGGACGACUGGCAGCAGCAACAGCAGUGUACCUCCCCACAGUCGGGCACCAUCACGCCCUCCACCCCGGGCUGCGUGAGGGAGAGGCCCAACCAGAAGAACCACGGGGACUCCUACAACACGUACCGCGAUGAUACGCCCAUCCCUCAAGCCCCCACUUACCAGAGGAAGUCUCCCAAGGAGCCUCGGGGAGACCCCCCCUCCUACCCUCAGCCCCCUCCGGCUCCCGUUCAGAUACCGACGUCACAGUUGCAAGAUCCUUUGACGGACAAGAGCAAGAGUAAUGCCCUCUUCCCCUACAAGACCGACACACUGACCAAAAAAAAGGAGGGUGGUGGCGGCAGCAGUGCCGAGAAGCAGUCAAAGAAGUUUGGGCUGAAGCUGUUCAGGUUGAGCUUCAAGAAGGACAAGCUGAGGCAGCUGGCCACGUUCUCGGCCCAGUUCCCUCCCGAGGAAUGGCCCCUCCGCGAUGAAGAUGCGCCUGCCAUCACCAUCCCCCGCACUGUGGAGAUGGAGAUCAUCCGGCGGAUCAACCCGGACCUGACGGUGGAGAAUGUGGCGCGCCACACGGCCGUGAUGAAGAGGCUGGAGGAGGAGCGUGCCCAGAGGAGAAAAGCAGGCAGCUCGGCUGAGCACAGUGCACGCAGCCGGAGGAGUCGUGGUCACCGUCGGGUGCCGCACGGCAAGUCCCGUUCACACAGCAAGACGCGAGCUUCCCGGGGCAACCCUUCCGAUAGUUCCAACCUGGACAUGGCCAUGGUAGACAGAGAUUACAGCCGCUUCUUCAGCCACUCGCUGGUGCGCUCCCCGCGUGAGGCCAUGUACACCUUGGAGCGCAAAAGAAGUGGUGGGACUUACGUAGUCCACAGCAACCCCAACAUCACAGAGUCCCACUUCCCCAUCACCCCGGAGUGGGACGUGUCCGGGGAGUUGGCGAAAAGGAGGACAGAGAUGCCUUUCCCCGAGCCCUCGCGCGGGACGUCCAGCGGGAGAGUGCACCGAAGCCACAGUCACACUCAAGAAGGAAGGAAGUCACGCGACGAGCUGACUGACCAGGCUAAGGAAAGGUCCCGCUCCAUGGAUAACGCUUUGAGCCCUCUGGACGGAAUGGGCCCCUCCUCUUUGGGGAUGUCAGAGGACUAUGAGCGUAGUCCCGAUGAACGAAGUCGUUACUACACAGACGAUGGGACUUUGCGGGCCUCCCAGAAGUCACCCCACUACUCAAGGAUCAUGUUCUCGGCUGCUAAGUUCAAUUCUGAAAUGUGUGUGCCUGAUGUGGGGAAGGGGAGCCUGGGGAAGGGGAGCCUGGGGAAGGGGAGCCUGGGGAAGGGGAGCCUGGGGAAGGGGAGCCUGGGGAAGGGGAGCCUGGGGAAGGGGAGCCUGGGGAAGGGGAGCCUGGGGAAGGGGAGCCUGGGGAAGGGGAGCCUAGGGAAGGGCAGCUUGGACGAGUCUAGGAUCCGAAGCCCACUGGAAAGGAAUAAGAGCAGAGACAGCUUGCCGGCCUACAGUGAUCUGAAGGGACUCUCGCCCAAGUCCUCGGCGGAUGACUACUUCCAGUGCAAUACGUCAAACGAAACAAUCCUUACCGCCCCUUCACCUCUGUCAAAAGCAGACCACGACACGUUAACCUCGUCUGAGGGAAUCCGGAAUGGCACUCCAGCCGAUCGCCACACCCCUCACCUUACCUCUCCCCUCACGAUGGAAUACAAAGAGGACUCUUUGGCAAAGGGGCAAAACGGCUCAAACCGAUCAACACCAAGCCAGACCCCAGAGCCCAUGACUAACGGACGUUUGACACAACACCAACACAACGUAGACCCUGGAGGGGGAGGCGGUGGUGGCGUGGCAGACAAGAGGAAGGAGAUCUUCAGCAAGGACACUUUGUUCAAGCCUCCACACAACACAUUGACUGCAGGCUACGUGGAGGGCACCUACACCAAGUCGGGCACCCUGCGAAAGACCCCACACAUCAAAUCAGCCGAGGUCCUUGACAAUCUAGAGGCCCAGCAGCCUUCGAAUUCAGCAGCUUCCCCCGCUUCCGCCCUGGUCCCCCAGGGCUCCGAGCCAGUGGUCCCGUCAGCCUCCGAGGCCGCCUUUGACUACUACAAUGUGUCAGAUGAUGACGAGGAGGUGAUGGCGGAGGACACCGCGCGGAAGGAGUUAGUGGUGGCAGAGGGCAAAGGGCACGGGGAGGGUGGGGGUGGAGUUGGAACCAUGCAGUGGCUUCUGGAGCGGGAGAAGGAGCAUGAUCUGCAGCGCAAGUUUGAGACUAACCUCACACUGCUCAGCCCCAAGGAGACAGAAAACAGUAGCAGCCAGAAGUCAGCGCAUUCAGCACGUCUGGAUAGCAUGGACAGCAGCAGCGUGACUGUAGACAGUGGAUUCAACUCCCCAAGGACACGUGAAAGCCUGGCUUCCAACACGUCGAGCAUCAUGGAGAGCAAUAGACGACAGAAUCCAGCAUUGAGUCCGGGCCACAUGGGCACCACCAGCAACGGUCCGCCGUUCAGCUUUCGCACCAUUCCUGAACCCCCCCGUACUGCACAGCCUGAGAAACUGCAGAAGUCUUCAACCUGCCUGGCGUCCAUCACCAGCGUCUGACCUGAUAUACAGACUGACAGACAUCAAGGCCUGAGAUGGAGGAGGUGGAUUAUUUAAGGUUAUGGUAGGGACCGUUGGGGGUAAUGGGCGGGGGGGUGGAGAAGGCAGAAGUUGGGUCACGUUGUGCCCCCACCUUCUCCUCACCCAUCCACACACAAAUGUCCACCCUCCCUCACCCAACCCCCAGAAAAUCCAACUACCACUGGGACUGUUAACCUCACAGGCAUGGCUUCCAGAGACUGUUCCCACAGCUUCAAAAACUUCACUGCAAAAAACAAACAAACAAAAUGACAACCACGAAAUAACAAAAACUAGAUUCACCAGAUUCAUUUUGUCUCCCAUUGCAAGAGAGCCGAUCAGGAAUUAUCUUGAUUUGGAUUAUAUCAACUUUCAUUUUUUUGGGGGGGAUUUCCAGAUUCCUCAGUGUUGGUAUUAGAGAAAUGUUGAUACAUUUAGGAUUGGAGUCACAUUUGGGAAAAUCUAUACUUUUACAUGUUAUUUCCAAUCCAUGUCCAAUGAAAUGUUUUCUAUCAAGAAUUAGAAAUAAUUUAUCAGGAGAAUUAUCAUAUUUGUAUGUUGAUGCACAGUAUUAAAAAUAAUGAAGGAAGAGAUGAGAAGGUGGAAAGGCAAAAUGUCAGAGGUUCCGAUUUGUGUAGCGCAAAGCAAAAUAGGCUAUUGUAGUUCUAUCCAUACAGUAUAAUUUAUUCAUAAGUACAAUAAUGUAUACUCAAAUCUUUUUUUCAUAUUUAAAUGACCAAAAUGAAAUCGUUAAAACGAAUAUUGACAAUUUAGUAAGGGAAAACAGUUGUUUUACAUUGUUAGUUGAAUUAUUAAGUUUCCAUCCUGAAGCACUAAUGUGCCUUUUCUGUGGUAUUUAUGACUAAAUUUAAAAAUAAUAAUAAUAAUCUUUAUCCAACAUAUAAUCUCAGGUCAUAAGAAUAUUUUCUUGAACACAUGCACACACACUCUGUCUGUAAUCUUGUUGGAGGUGUGUGAGGAGUUGGCCUCGCUAAUUAGUGGCUUGCUGAGUGUUGUAAUUGGUUUGACAGGACUUUACUUUUAAGUUUGUUUCAGAUGUGUUUGCCUUUUCACAACAUGUUUGCCAGAGUAUGCAUAGAUAGACCAUAAAAUAAAUGGUUGCAGCGGGUGCAAAUUGUAACUAUAUAUCCCAGGGGUAUAGGACAGACAAACACCUUGUUUCCCUUAACAUGUUUAUCACUAUCAUUGCCAGAGCCAUCAAGGCAUUUAUACAACUUAUGUCUGCGGUGUUUAUCUGAAAUGAAGUGUUUUAUGAAAUUGAUCAGCUCCUAAAUUGUUUUGCAAAUUGCAAAAUCUCUCAAAAUAUUAGAGCAUGCGGACUAGUGAUGGCUACCUUGCAAGAGAAUAGUGAAGAGUUAUUGCAGUCUUGCCUCUUUAUUCACAAUAUUGUUUGUAUCACAAUACUGUAAGUAUCGUGUAUUGGAAAUUUGUUUAUCUUGUACAGGUGCUAAGAUUUCUAUAAUGGAACGCUCUAUUCAAUCCGUAACGCUGAAGAUCUGCUUUAUAGCGUGACUGACAAUUAAAGGCAAUGUUUUGAAAGGACUUUACUUUAUUGUAAAUUGUCCUGAAACAAGUCCAUGCGUCAAAGCUACAUUAGGGGUUAAGUUAAUGACCUCCCACAUGCAGAAUUGCAAUGUGCAUUACUGAAGGAAUUGAUAUAUUUAUGAUGCCCAUAAAACACAGUAAGUUUAUCAAUCUUGCAUGAUAGUGAUCAAUUAAUGAACUACACAUCCAAUUGUACAAUUGUAUUCACUUCUACUUUGAAACUCUUUAAAAAAAAGUUAUCAACGGUCUCCUCCCAGUGGGCAAAAAUGUUGGUUGAAAUGUGAUUAAAGUUAUGUCAUAUAACCUGACUACAACCAGUUAAAGAUACCUUUUUCAUAACAACAUCAAGAUGCCUGGGAAAGACUGCAUAACCUGAAUACAACGAGGUAAAGGCGUCUUUUUAUGGUAGUUAAAAAAAUAUAAAAACAUUUAUUUUACAGUCAUUAGCUAAUGACCUAACAAAAUAUGACCAUGACAUCACGAAAUGUGAACCUGACUGCACUACAACCGGUUUUGCCCGCUGGGAUGAUUGUAAGGCAAGAAGAUUCCAUUUUUGUCAUGACACAAAACAGUGGUGUUCAUUAUAAAACAAGUGACAUAUCAACAUGCUCGUGAAUGUCAUAUAUCACAAAGGCUAUGUCAAUCACUUAAUCAAUGUCUGGUAACUAUAGGCCAAUGGAUGAUCAUGAUCACACUUGAUAAAAGAUUGUGAAAUCCUAGAUUAUUAUCAAGUUAGUAACAGUGAGACGGAGUGAAGACAAAGGGAAAUAUUAAAUAAUGGAUAAUGUAGAUUAAUCAAUAUAAGCAUAGAUUUUGUUUGCAGCCUCCAUACAAAACUAGCUUGCUAUUCAAGCCAGUUGCUGAGGCCGUAGUUAGUUCGUUUUGUUUUCCUAACGUGUCUUUAGCAUGAUGUCUGCUAUCAGAGAUGGUGCGGGAAUAAUUUCUGGCCUUUUGGUAGCCUAUUUGAUUGGCAGGAGUCUUCCUUAGUCUAUACUCAUUUAUUGAUAGUCUUGCUCACCAAAGGCAGGAUGCAACAUUUAGAAAGUUAUAGAUAAUGAGGGUUGUUUGUAAAAGUUGUUUCUAACUGCUUACAGAUAAAUGUUGUGAGGGGAGCAACAAUCAUCAGAAAAUCCACAGUGUUUAAAUGUUACCGACAUAGUUUAGGAUGAUUAGCCCUGAAGGUCUAGUGGGCAUCUUAUCUAAUUAAAACAUUAAGGUGUAACUGCUGGUAACUUGUUUAAAGAUAUUUAUUUCAUGGCUAAUAAGCUAUACUAGCCAAAGUCCAUGAAAGAAAUAUACUGUAUGUCCUUUUAUUUCAAUUAUUUUUAAAGAAGGGAAUGCAAUGCCACGUUCAAAGUUAGACAUUUUAGCAAUGAAAAUACAUUUACAAUAGCCUAUACUAGAGAACAUCUACAAGCGAUACUUUUGGAUUGUUGAAAAUCUUUGAAGUCAGUAAGAACCAGAUCUGAGUUCAAAUACCAUUUGAAAUCUCUCAAAUACUUUGAGGUUUUGCGUUAGCCUGCCUGGUGUACCAGGAGGGUGCCGUUUGCACUUUUGGGACUUUUGCAACAGGCAAACUCAAUCAAGCACAACGAAGGUAUUUGAAAUGAUUUUAAACCUAGGUUUGAAGAACCUGGACCUCAUGAUUAUUGGGUUAUUUAUUUCAGUGAAUGUGUGCCUCGAGUGAUUUGACUAUAGUCAAUUGACAAAGGUUCCGGAAAAUGUUACUAUACUCCAUUUUGGGGUAAGCUAUGUUUUUGGCCAAGGAAUAUUAGAGAGCUACAGUCAUGGCCAAAAGUUUUGAGAAUGACACAAAUAUUAAUUUCCACAAAGUUUGCUGCCUCAGUGUCUUUAGAUAUUUUUGUCAGGUUUUACUAUGGAAUACUGAAGUAUAAUUACUAGCAUUUCAUAAGUGUCAAAGGCUUUUAUUGACAAUUACAUGAAGUUGAUGCAAAGAGUCAAUAUUUGCAGUGUUGACACUUCUUUUUCAAGACCUCUGCAAUCCGCCCUGGCAUGCUGUCAAUUAACUUCUGGGCCACACUGAUGGCAGCCCAUUCUUGCAUAAUCAAUGCUUGGAAUUUGUCAGAAUUUGUGUGUUUUUGUUUGUCCACCUGCCUCUUGAGGAUUGACCACAAAUUCUCAAUUAGAUUAAGGUCCGGGGAGUUCCCUGGCCAUGGACCCAAAAUAUCUGUUUUGUCCUAUAUAUGUUUUGUUCCCCGAGCCACUUAGUUGUUUGGCACUUUUGCCCUAUUCCAUCAUACUGGAAAGGCAUUGUUCAUCACCAAACUGUUCCUGGAUGGUUGGGAGAAGUUGCUCUCGGAGAAUGUAUUGGUACCAUUCUUUAUUCAUGGCUGUGUUCUUAGGCAAAAUUGUGAGUGAGCCCACUCCCUUGGCUGAGAAGCAACCCCACACAUGAAUGGUCUCAGGAUGCUGUACUGUUGGCAUGACACAGGACUGAUGGUAUAGCGCUCACCUUGUCUUCUCCGGACAAGCUUUUUUCCAGAUGCCCCAAACAAUCGGAAAGGGGAUUCAUCUGAGAAAAUGACUUUACCCCAGUCCUCAGCAGUCCAAUGCCUGUACCUUUUGCAGAAUAUCAGUGUGUCCCUGAUGUUUUUCCUGGAGAGAAGUAGCUUCUUUGCUGCCCUUCUUGACACCGGGCCAUCCUCCAAAAGUCCUUCGCCUCACUGUGUGUGCAGAUGCACUCACACCUGCCUGCUGCCAUUCCUGAGCAAGCUCUGUACUGACGGUGCCCCGAUCCCACAGCUGAAUCAACUUUAGGAGACGUCCUGGAGCUUGCUGGACUUUCUUUGGCGCCCUGAAGCCUUCUUCACAACAAUUGAUCCGCUCUCCUUGAAGUUCUUGAUGAUCCGAUAAAUGGUUGAUAUAGGUGCAAUCUCUCUAGCAGCAAUAUCCUUGCCCUUUUUGUGCAAAGCAAUGAUGACGGCACGUGUUUCCUUGCAGGUAACCAUGAUUGAGAGAGGAAGAACAAUGAUUCCAAGCACCACCCUCCUUUUGAAGUUUCCAGUCUGUUAUUCUAACUCAAUCAGCAUGACAGAUUGAUCUCCAGCCUUGUCCUCAUCAACACUCACACCUGUUUAACAAGAGAAUCACUGACAUGUCAGCUGGUCCUUUUGUGGCAGGGCUGAAAUAUAGUGGAAAUGUUUUUUGGGAUUCAGUUCAUUUGCAUGGCAAAGAGGGACUUUGCAAUUAAUCUGAUCACUCUUCAUAACAUUCUGGAGUAUAUGCAAAUUGCCAUUAUACAAACCGAGGCAGCAGACUUUGUGAAAAAUGUAUAUUUGUGUCAUUCUCAAAACGUUUGGCUAUGACUGUAUACUGUAUGUCUGGCAAGCAAAGCUUAUAAAGUAUCUGCUAAAGGAAAGUCAUGGGAGAAAGAGGAUGACUGGAUCCAGAUUCCCACAUUAUUUUAAUGUUGUAAGAAAAGGCUUAAGUUAAAUUUAAACCACAUAGCACUUUAAAGCACAUUUAAAGGCAACCCUCCUGGAAAAUGUAUAAUAUUGACCGACAACAACUCAUUAGUGGCGCAUUACCAAAUAGUUCACUGACGGCGCCGUUGGAUUCAUAUAAAAAGUUAAUUGUAAUGAACCUUUACUUACUCAACAGUAGAGUUGAAGGUGGUAAGAGGGACAAAGGAGUUAGGCUACAUGGUAGGCUUGUUACACGAGAGCUCAUUUACAUGAGUAAAUUGGGAAAUCAAAUGCAUUUAAUUACACUGAAACCACUUACAACAGUAAUUUUUUCAUAGUUAGUGGACCAUUUGUUAAUCCAGCUAUAAUGUAGCUACUACAUUACUAUGGUCAAACAUUCUUCUGCAGUGUGACCUAAUCCUUCAUCAGUGAUAAAUAAACCAGUUUUAGUGCUCCUCUGCUUUACCGUCUCCAUUUGUAGACCUGGACUUUUGUGCACUGUCACUAAACUAUAAUGUUUUAGUAGACAAAAUAGGAAUGCAACGAAGUGUUGCAAUGAAAACAUUAUAUGGAAAUGAUAUUGUUAACGUCAACUACUUAUUUUACUGUACAGACUAAACAUCAUACAACUGACUACAUUUUUUGUGUUGUUUUUCCCCUUGCAUUGAAGUAAGCUGCCUUAAUAAAAACACCCUUGUGAAUAAUUGGCACAAACAUUAUACAACUGCAGAAGACAUGGCAGUAUGUAUCUAAAUGUGCAUAUUGGGUAGUGUGAUGAUGAUGAUGAUGAUGAUUAUAAUGGGACAAAGAGGAAUUCUGCUUUCAGACAUUGCAGUGCGGGUCAUCAUCUACUGCACUUCUACUGUGAUGUAUGUUUAUUUGUUUAUGAGGACACACAAAGUACAGGUUUUAAUCUCCUCGCCAAUGUUUCAGUACAAAGUAAUGGACUUGUAUCGAGUGACCCUAUAUAACGACAUCAAUAUCGAACUUUGUAAAAUACAUUUCAAUAAAACCUCCCACUACCGCGUA